UUUGGGCCCUGUUCCCUGAAACUAAAGUUGGGCUGUGACAAAUUACUCAAGCAGAGGUACCAAAGUCAUCUACGACCAUUGAAAGAAUAAAAGGUAAAAUUCCUAAUUGAACGGCCAAGAUUAACAGAUGGUACAGUACACAUUCCGCCAUUUCCGUAUCGGAAAUUUGGAACCAGCAGAGUUUGGCGCCAAAAUCACGCAUUCAUAAUACUCUGCAAAAUUGAAAAGAAAAAAAGGAAAAAAGAAAUGCAGCGCCAGAAAUCCAUACUCUCCUUCUUCCAGAAACCCUCGCUUGCCGGAAAUCAGAAAUCCGGCACUGGAGAAGCUUUCAAUGAACGGAAAGAAGCUCCGCAGUUCACGUCAAAGCAGUAUAAUAACCAAAAUGUUACAGCUCCGAGUGAACCUGAGAUUCAAGGAAUCGACACUCCACCGGAGAAGGUGCCUCGUCAGAUUCUACCGUCGAGGUUUGCGGAAAACGACAGCGUUAGAGGCUCUUCACUUUUCUCGAGUAUUAUGCAUAAGUUCGUGAAGGUUGAUGACAAGGAAAAAUCUACCGAGAGGUUGAGACAGGCCAGUGAUACUACCAAUACUGUGUCUGGUAGGGUUACUAAUUUAACAGGAUUAUCCAAACAAGAGGCAUCUCGCACAUAUCAUGAAACGGGAAACUUUUGUAACUCCAAUGGGAUAGUUGAUGUUGAAAGCAAUGACGAUGAUGUUCCUGGGCCAGAGACACCGGGCGUGCAAGUGCAGCCUUUAGUUCCCCGUCUCAAGCGAAUUCAUCAGGAUAUUCCCAAGUUUAAUGAUGGGGAUGAUAAUUCCUUGUCAAGUGCUAGUAAAAGAGUGAAACUUCUUCUUGAGUCCACAGCCUUAAGCAAGAACCAAGGCCAAGGCCAAGUAUCUGAAUCAACUUCUAAGUUUGAGUGGCUUGAUCCUUUGCGAAUUAGGGAUGCUAAUGGGAGAAGGCCUAAUGAUCCUCUUUUUGACAAGAAGACACUUUAUAUAGAACCUGAUGUAUUAAAGAAAAUGUCAGCUUCUCAAAAACAAUACUGGAGUGUGAAAUCUCAGUAUAUGGAUGUUGUCCUUUUCUUCAAAGUGGGAAAAUUUUAUGAACUUUAUGAACUUGAUGCUGAAAUUGGUCACAAGGAACUGGAUUGGAAAAUUACAUUUAGUGGUGUUGGCAAAUGUCGACAGGUUGGUAUAUCUGAAAAUGGGAUUGAUGAUGCUGUUGAAAAGCUGGUUGCACGUGGAUACAAAGUUGGACGAAUUGAGCAGUGUGAGACAUCUGAUCAAGCAAAAGCUAGGGGUGCAAACUCUGUAAUAGCAAGAAAAUUAGUGCAAGUUGUUACUCCGUCAACUACAAGUGAUGGUAAUAUUGGGCCCGACGCAGUUCAUCUUCUUGCCAUAAAUGAGGGAAACAUUGGGCUGGAUAAUGGGGCGAGUGCUUAUGGGUUUGCUUUCGUUGACUGUGCUUCCCUGAAAUUUUGGGUUGGCUCCAUUGGCGAUGAUUCUUCAUGUGCUACUUUGGGGGCACUAUUGAUGCAGGUCUCACCUAAAGAAGUCAUAUAUGAAAGCAAAGGGAUGUCUAGAGAAACUCAGAAAGCGCUCAGAAAGUAUUUGUUAACCAGUUCAACAGCAUCACAAUUGAACCCAGUCCCUCUCUCUGCUAAUAUUCUAAAUGCUUCAGAAGUUAGAAAUUUGAUUCAGUCUAAGGGUUACUUUAGAGGGUCUUCUAACCCAUUGAAUAAUACAUUUGACAGCAUAGUGCACCAUGAUAUUGCCCUAAAUGCUCUUGGUGGACUUGUUGAUCAUCUAUCCAGAUUGAUGUUAGAUGAUGUUUUGCGGAAUGGAGAAAUUUUACCCUAUCACGUUUAUGGCGGUUGCCUCAGAAUUGAUGGACAGACUCUAGUAAAUCUUGAGAUUUUUAAUAACAAUUUUGACGGUGGCUUAUCAGGUACAUUAUUUAGCUAUCUUGAUAACUGUGUAACGUCAUCUGGUAAGCGGCUUUUAAGGAAGUGGAUCUGCCAUCCAUUAAAAUCUGUUGAAGGCAUUAAUAAUAGGCUAAAUGUAGUGGAAGAUCUGAUGACAAAUUCAGAGAUCAUGUUAAUUAUAUCACAGUAUCUAUGCAAGAUUCCAGAUAUAGAAAGAAUGCUUGGGCGGGUCAAGUCUAGCUUUCAGGCAUCAGCUUCUCUUGCACUGCCCUUAAUUGGAAAGAAAUUAUUGAAGCAGCGAGUGAAAGUGUUUGGGUCUUUGGUCAAAGGACUUCGGACUGGAAUGGAUUUGUUGUUGCUAUUACAGAAGAAUGACCAAUUAUUCUCAUUAUUAUCUAACAUUUUUAAACUUCCUGAGCUACAUGGAAGUGCGGGGCUUGAAAAGUUUCUCUCCCAGGUUGUAGCUGCUGUAGAUAGCGAGUUCCCUAAUUUCCAGAACCAUGAUGUAACAGAUUCAGAGGCUGAAACACUGUCCGUUCUAAUUGAAUUAUUUAUUGAGAAAGCCACGCAAUGGUCUGAAGUCAUCCAUGCUAUCAAUUGUAUUGAUGUACUAAGAUCUUUUGCAAUCACCGCAAGCUUGUCGUCUGGGUCUAUGUCUAGGCCUGUUAUUUUACCCGAGUCUAAAACCACCAUUUUUGGCCAAGAUAAGGGAGGACCAGUACUCAAAAUUAAAGGCCUAUGGCACCCAUUUGCCCUCGCAGCGAGUGGUGGAGUUCCCGUUCCCAAUGACUUGUAUCUUGGCGAGGAUAUACAUGGCUAUCAUCCUCGCACUUUACUUCUGACUGGACCAAAUAUGGGUGGAAAAUCAACACUUCUUCGUGCCACAUGUCUCGCUGUUAUACUGGCUCAGCUUGGUUGUUUCGUUCCCAGUGAGAAGUGUAUUCUCUCUCUUGUUGAUGUCAUUUUCACACGGCUUGGUGCCACUGAUCGGAUUAUGACUGGGGAGAGCACAUUCUUUGUCGAGUGUACAGAAACAGCUUCAGUUCUCCAAAAUGCCACUCAAGAUUCUGUUGUUAUUCUUGACGAAUUGGGUCGUGGGACAAGCACCUUUGACGGAUAUGCCAUUGCAUAUGCAGUGUUUCGACAUCUUGUCGAGAAGGUAAACUGCCGAUUGCUUUUUGCGACACAUUAUCAUCCACUUACAAAAGAAUUUGCUUCUCAUCCACAUGUUACCCUACAACAUAUGGCUUGUGCCUUCAAAUCAAAAUCCGAAAGCAAUUCAAAAGGCGAUCAGGAUCUGGUUUUCCUAUACCGUCUUGCCUCUGGAGCCUGCCCCGGCAGCUACGGAUUACAAGUGGCCAUCAUGGCUGGAAUCCCAGAAAAUGUGGUUAAACGUGCUUCAAUGGCUCGCCAAGUAAUGAAAAAAUCAAUCGGAGAAAGUUUCAAGUUAAGCGAGAAGAGAUCCGAGUUCUCGACCCUUCAUGAAGACUGGUUGAAGACUCUAUUAAGUACUGCACAGACUGGAGACUGUAAUGUUGAUGACAAUGAUGAUGAUGUUUAUGACACAUUGUUUUGUUUGUGGCAUGAGCUAAAGAGUGCAUACCAAUCAAACAAUUGAAAAAUGCAGGAUCAUAUGUGCAUAUUGCCUUAUAAAUAUAUUUCUGAUUUGUA